AUGGCAAGUGAUAACCUAGAAAGCAAUAAUGAAGAUAUUGGUUCUUCUCCUCACACUCCCUACUCUCCUCAAUGUACCUCCAACUUUCACCUCUUGGAUAAUUCAGCAUCAUCAAACUCCAAUGUAAGAGACAAUAAUAGUAGUAGUCAGCUCCAGAGAGCAAGUGACCUUCUCAUGGCGGUCUCGGUUGUCCCCGAGGAUCAGCAGUUGAGAAUCGUCGAGGUCGUCCAUGCCGCCAUGGACGAGCUCACGAAAGUAGCCCUUGAUGGAGAUCCUCUAUGGAAGCCACAAGAAGAUGAAGAUCAAGCUGAAUCUUACUAUACAUUGAUGGAUAUAAUGAAAAUGGUUGAGGUUGGUGAGACUCAUUGUAGUGAUCUUUUAGAUCUUGAAAUUGACAACACCAAAUCAAGCAGUGAUAAUCAAAACCAGACAAAUUUUUGUCCUAAAGACAAACAACAAGAACAACAUCAUCUUCAAACUGAAUUUUCAAGACAAACUGCAUAUGUCAGAAUGGAGCCACUCAGAAUUGUUGGGUUUCUUAUGGAUUUGGAACAAUGGUCUCUUGUCUUCUCUGACAUUGUUGCAAGAGCAGCUAUUCUUCAAACAUGGUCAUCAAUGGGACCUAUUGGAGGGAACUACAAUGAAACUGUGCAAGUGAUGACAGCUGAGUUUCAAAUCCCAUCACCACUUGUUGAGACAAGAGAGAGUUUCUUUGGGAGGUUCUGCAAACAAUUAGCUCCAUAUACAUGGGGAAUUGUUGAUGUUUCCUUGGAAGAUCUCUUCCCUUAUCUAUUACCUAUUGGGUUUAGAAGAAAACCUUCUGGUUGUUUAAUCCAAGCAUCUCCAAAUGGUCUCUCCAAGGUGAUAUGGAUAGAACAUGUGGAAAUUGACCAAAGAAUGGUUAAUAAAAUGUAUGAAGCAUACAUCAAUUCAGGAUUGGCAUUUGGUGCAAAGCGAUGGGUUUCUUCUUUAGUUAGACAUUGCACUUGGGAAGAUACUUUAAUGGCUAAGAGCUGUUCAACACUCAAUGGAGUAUUACUAUUACAAGCGGGAAGGUUAAGUGUGUUGAAGUUGGCUGAGAGAAUGACAAAGAGCUUCUAUAGAAAUAUGAGUACUUGUAAAGAAAAUCCAUGGAUUAAAAUUCCCUUUCCUGGACAUGAAGACAUUAGGGUUAUGGUGACCCCAAAUCCCAAAGAUGAUCCUGGAAGACCUCCAUGUACCUCAGUAGUUUUUUCCACUUCCGUUCACGUUCCGACCAACCCGAAACAUCUUUUCCAUUACCUUCGUCACGAGAAGUCUCGUAACAAGUGGGACAUCCUUUCAUAUGGUCAUGUCAUUACAGAACUUUCUUGCAUCAUCAACGGCAUCGAUUCAAGAAACCGAGUGUCGAUAAUUCAAGUGAACUCAGCACCGAGACGAAUCGAGAUCUUUUACCUGCAAGAGAGUUUCUACGACGCAUCGGGAUCGUACAUAGUCUUUGCACCUGUUGAUAUCUACGCAAUGGCGGUGGUCUUACGUGGAGGAAACCCGGAUUAUGUAGCUAUCUUGCCUUCUGGCUUUGCAGUCCUUCCAGAUAAACCAAGAAUGAAUGGAGAGGAAGAUGUAGCUGAUGGAAGCAUUCUAACAGUUGCUCUCAACAUUAUUGAUCAUUCAGUGACUGAAAGAGUGCCUUUUCAAUCAAUGGUUUCCAUGCAUAGAAUUAUGACUGAAACUGUUGCCUCAAUCAAAGAGGCUUUCAAAAUUCAACAAUUUUGA